GCAGCCAUGGCGCCCUGUGGGUUACUUAAUUAGCUUUUAUCGACGUAAAAUGUUGAUUUUCUGCGGAGUCAAUGAGUGGACUCUGGAGUUUAACAUGCACUCUGUCUGUGAUGGUUCUAAAAUCCACCGUUUUGGCUGUUUCUGACUUCAAUAAUUCUGUUAAUUGGCUUUUUAUUAAAUGAUCAUUGCGCGCAUGACGUCACAGCCCCGCGCGCUGCACCUUGCGCUUCUCCGCUCCGCGUCCUCACUCUGUUGGACAGUCCCGAUCCAACUGCGCAGACUGUCCCUCCACCUGCUUCACGGGAUGUAUUUUUCAGGUUUUGGAACACUGACUCGCUCUCCUCCUGACGUGUAUUUUUGCUCCAAAAUAUUAAACUUCCUUUAAUUUUUUUUAUUUUCAUUUUUGAAGUUUCACUCCUCAGAGAGCUCCAGACACUGUCGGAUUACGCAGACGGAAUACAGAGCAGUGGGGACAGUCAGCCUGAAGGCGCGCUGCCUCAUGUCCCCAUCCGCUUUGUCCAUCAUCCAAAAAGUGCGGCGCGCUUUGAGCUGCCGGAGGACGCGUGGAUUUGUCAGUGCCAGCUCCGCAGAAUGCAUCUCCACCUGAUCCCUCAAACAUGCAACACGAGGAAGAGUGGACCAGUCUGACAAGUUUGCUUUAACUGGGAAAACACCUGUUCAUUUGUGGGCGCGAUGAUUUUAACUUUUGUGAUCGUUUUGUCCUUCACGGAUUCGGUUUUCACCUUGAAGGACGACCACCACUCAGCUCGGCUGGACUGCGUAAAGGCCAGCAAACAAUGCCUGAAGGAGAACUCGUGCAGCACCAAGUACCGGACGAUGAGGCAGUGCGUAAAGGGGAGGGAGAGCAACUUCAGCGCGGUCACCGGCCCCGAGGCGCAGGGCGAGUGCCUGAGCGCCAUAGACGCCAUGAAGCAGAGCCCCCUUUACAACUGCAGGUGCAGGAGAGGCAUGAAGAAGGAGAAGAACUGCCUCAGGAUCUUUUGGAGCUUGUUUCAGAGCUUGCAUGGUCAAGACUGUUGGACUUUACCAGCAACUGUCAGCCUGAGGUUCAUUCCAUAUCCGGCUGCCUGACGGAGAACUACGCCGACUGCCUGCUAGCGUACUCGCGCCUCAUUGGGACAGUGAUGACACCCAAUUACGUGCAGUCGGCCGGCAUCAGCCUGUCGCCGUGGUGCGACUGCAGCAGCAGUGGAAACAGCAAGCAAGACUGUGAGAAAUUUGCUCAGUUUUUCACCAACAAUCGCUGCCUGCGUAGCGCCAUCCAGGCGUUUGGGAACGGUACCAACGUCAGCGUGUGGCAACCCCGACCCUCCAUGAAGCCGACUGUGGAGUCGGGCAUGACUCGGAGGACUAAAGCGCGAUCGAAGAACGUCCUGGACACGCUGACAAAUGUGGCCAAACUGGAUCUGACGGAAGAGUCGUACGGCAUCUGCGAAACCUUACAGGCCCAAAAACUGGUGUCAAAUCAAACAGUGGACACCACUCUUUGUCUGAACCAUCACCUGGGGGAGUCUGGGACGUUGAAUGCCAUUUCUAGAAGCUCCCCAGCAGAACUCUUCUGCUCACAGGCGGCCGCCCUGCUCCUCACUCUGGCCUUCACUCUCGCUCUAACAGAAUCACAACUCAAAGGUUUCCCGCUCUUGUAGGGAAAGGACUGAAGAAGUAAUUCCCAUUUCAUCUCAACGACUCCCCAAAGUGCAGCAACAUUUUUUUGUUGUUGUUGUUGUUUUCGUCAUCAUAGCAGUGAAAUCAGAAGCCUUUUUUUUUUUUUGAAUGUUUGUUGCAGAAAAAGAGACUUGAUGAAUCUGUCGCUCAGACAUCAGUUCAUUGACUCUCUGUGGCCUCCUGGGAGCAAUUUGACUUCCAAAAACUGUUUGGGCGCUCUCGAUAAAACUUCCCUCUGAUGUGAACCAUCUCAUCUCUUUUUUGCAGCGAGUGUCACGCCGGCGUUCCGAAUAGUGUCUUGAGUGUCGACUUAAUUGCUUGUUUGGAUCUGUUGUGGUAACAUGCCUGCUUACGUUGAGUAAAAAGCACACAGCGAAGGACGCGUUGACAAGAAAACACAUUUGACACAAACUUACCUUGGAGUCCAAUUUAUGUCCACAGAGGACGAAGAAAAUGUCCUUUACAUGUCUGGUCUUAGCAAUAGAUCUGUUUUGUAGGGUUUGUUGUCAUGGUGAUGUGUGGCUUUAUCACAUCACCUCUUAAAAGGACAUUUUGUACACUUCUUACAUGAGUGCUCUCUGUCUGUAUAAGGCUGCUGUUAGAUUGUGAUCAUUGUCUGUAAUAUUCUGUGCAGGUUGGGCCUCAGCUUUACCCAAACAUGUUGUAAACUUACCAAGAUGUGACUGUUCUCUCGUCAUGGCAUCACAAAUACAAGUCUGUUGUGUCGACUGGAAGUCACACAACGAUAUCCUGAACAUCUUCUGUUAAAUAUCUGCAACAUAAAGUGUCUUUUAUUGCUAAAAAA